AUGUUACCAAAAGAAAAACAAAGAACUUUUGAGUCGGAUAAAAGAAUUGAAAAGGAAACCAUUCCACACUCCUAUAAAAGUUCCCAACUGAAAAAGCUUAAUGAUGCUUUAGAAGGUGUUAAUGAUCGUACUCAGCGAAUUAAUGAAAAUAAUAAUGAAUUGGUACAUUUAUCACAAUUCUGGAUGAAUUAUAGCAGGAAUGUUGCUUUUAAUCUUGAAAGCAUGCAGAAAUUGCAAGAACAGGAUUCAAAAAAUACAAACAAAUAA